CAGUGGCAGCGAGCUCUGUCGCCGCUCCGCGAAAUGUUGGCAGCGAAGUGCGAUCCAGACGUCAUUCAGCUACAACGCCGGGAUCAGCGCGUGUGGGCAAGGCGAGCAGUGGGAUCACGCUCUGUGUCUUCUCGGCGAGCUGAGGGAGGCGAAGUUGGAGCCGAGCGCUACCAGCUACAACGCCGGGAUCAGCGCGUGCGAGAAAGGCCGGCAGUGGCAGCGGGCGCUGGCUCUGCUUGAAGAGAUCAAGGGGGCGAUGCUUCAGCCUGACCCCUGGUCUGCUACAACGCUGGAGUCAGCGCGUGCGCGAGAGGUGGGCAGUGGCAGCAGGCUCUGUCGCUGCUCAGCGAGAUCGGCGAGUUGA